AUGCCCAAGGACCACGCACCCGAGGUGAUGCCCGAGCUGGGCGCCACUUCUCUCUUCUCGCUCGCCGGCAAGACGGCGCUCGUGACGGGCGGCGGUUCGGGCAUCGGCAAGAUGAUCAGCGCCGCCUACGUCCGCAACGGGUGCAAGGUCUACAUCGCCUCGCGCAAGCUCGACGAGCUGCAGCGCGUCGCCGCCCAGCUCUCCAAGCUCGCCCCCGAGUCCGAGACGCGCAAGCGCGGCGACCUCUGCGUCGCCAUCCAGGCCGACGUCGGCUCCAAGGAGGGCUGCGACCAGCUCGCCGACCAGAUCAAGAAGCGCGAGCAGAGGCUCGACAUCCUCGUCAACAACUCGGGCCUCACCUGGGGCGCACCCAUGGUCGACUUCCCCGAGGCAAAGGGCUGGGACAAGGUCUUUGCCCUCAACGUCAAGAGCCAGUUCUACCUCACCGUCGCCCUGCUGCCGCUGCUUGAAAAGGGCAAGAGCAACGUCGACCCCGCCUCGGUCAUCAACAUUGCCUCGACCGCCGCCAUCUCGCCCCUGGCCGAGGGCGGCCUCUCUGCCGAGGGAAGCGGAACCUACUCCUACCAACCGUCCAAGGCGGCGUCGCUGCACCUGACGCGCGUGCUGGCCAACUCGCUGGCGCCCAAGUUUAUCACGGUCAACGCCAUCUGCCCGGGCGUGUUCCCGUCGCGCAUGACGGCCUACGGCCUCGAGGAGAACCGCGACGUUCUCGAGUCGAUCCAGCCCACGGGCCGCGUGGGCACGCCCGAGGACAUUGGCGGCCUCGCCAUCUUCCUGGCCUCGCGCGCCGGCGCCCACUGCACGGGCACGGGCAUCGUCGUCGACGGCGGCCAGAGCCUCCAGUUUGUCCCCCGUCUCUAG